GGUGACAAUAACCCGAAGUCAUCUCAUCUGCCACCAUAUGCUUGGGUAGUUGGCCUCGGAUACCCCCCUCCCCGACAGAACAGGUGAAGCACUAGUGAUCUCCGUCGUCCCUUCCAUUCUGGUUCUCUUCGGCACCAAGGGGUCGCCUGAGAUCACAUUGAAAAAUGGUGAAGGGUGUUGCUGUGCUUGGUGGCAGUGGGGGUGUCAAAGGCACUGUUUACUUCAUCCAAGAAGGAGAUGGUCCAACUGCGGUAACUGGAAGCCUCUCUGGCCUCGAACCUGGGCUUCAUGGCUUCCAUGUUCAUGCCCUCGGUGACACUACUAAUGGCUGCAUGUCCACUGGACCACAUUUCAAUCCUGCUGGAAAAGAACACGGGGCACCUGAAGAUGAGAGCCGCCAUGCUGGUGAUCUUGGAAAUGUGACUGUCGGUGAUGAUGGUACUGUUAGUUUCACCAUUACUGACAACCAGAUUCCACUCUCUGGACCAAAUUCAAUCAUUGGAAGGGCUGUAGUAGUCCAUGCUGACCCUGAUGAUCUUGGAAAGGGUGGACACGAGCUUAGCAAGAGCACUGGAAAUGCUGGUGGAAGAGUUGCUUGUGGCAUUAUUGGACUGCAGGCGUAAAUUUCUUGUUCUGGAUUUCCAUUGUCUGUUUGAGGAAAGGUCUUAUCAUGUACUUGAAGCACUAGCUGAAGUUUUCUUUCCCAAUUGCUAGGAAGAUAUUUUGAAUAAGAAACCUUAUUUGAAAAAAUUGUGUUGGCUUGCUUUCAGCAAUUGCUACCAUAAACUUUUUUAUUGUCGUGAUGCGUAUUCUUGCUUCUUCCUCUCCUA